AUGGCUGAAACAAAAAUACUAGUAGUUGCGGUUGAUUUUGGAAGUUCCGGUGCAGGAUAUGCAUUCUCAUUUGCAUACCAAUAUAAAAACAAUCCUUUAGAUAUCUGCACAUCGUUAUGGAAUAAUGGAAACGGACCAGUUCAGGCAAAAGUUCCGGCUGUUCUACUUUUUGAUCCGGAUAAAAAGUUUCACUCAUUUGGAUUUGAAGCCGAGGACAAAUAUGAAGAACUGAUGAACGCAAACAAAGCUGGUCAAUGGUAUUUUUUGAAAGGGUUCAAAAUGCAAUUGUAUAGUGCUGUAAAUGCCGGAGAGGAUAUCAGAAUAGAUUUUGAAUUGCUGGAUGUUGGAGGAAAAAGUAUAUCUGCAAAAGCUGUUUUUUCUGCUGCUAUUGGCUUUUUGAAAGAUCAUUUUAUUCAGCAGAUGCAUUGGAGAAAGCUUGGAACGGUCGAAGAUGACAUAUUUUGGGUAGUGUCUGUACCUGCAAUCUGGAAUGAUUCUGCAAAACAGUUUAUGAGAGAAUCAGCUGAAAAGGUCGGUAUACAAGGUGAAAAGUUCAGUAUGGUAUAUGAACCUGAAGCUGCAUCAAUUUACGCAAGACUUCUUCCUGUUGAUAAAUUAGUUGGAAACAAUGGUGCAGUCUUACUGGAAGCUUUUGAUCCGGGUCGAAAAUUCAUUGUUGUUGAUGCUGGAGGCGGUACCGUUGACAUCUCUGCUCAACAAGUUUUAGAAAAUGGUGAGGUUAAAAUAAUACACAAAGAAUGCGGUGGUCCAUGGGGUGGCGAAUGCAUAAACCAACAAUUCGUAAAAAUGCUGAAAGAACUUUUCGGAAAUGAAGUUAUGAAACAGUUCAAACGCAACAACGGAGAAGAUUUGUUACAACUACUGAGAGAUUUUGAAGUAAAGAAAAGAAAUUAUAGAGUAGAAGGCAAGGAGUCAGUGACCAUUCGUAUGCCUUUUAGUCUGACUGAACUGUUCCUUGAUAUUGAAGGAUCAGACGUUGCAACAAAAAUUGCUAUUUCAAGAUUUAAUGCAACUGUACGACUUAAAAGAGACAAAUUAUCUAUUGCAGGAUCUUUAGUUGAAACUUUUUUCUCUGAAACCAUUAAAAUGAUCAUUGAUGAAGUGGUAUCCAUAUUGAAACAUGAAAGAUGUUCUGAUGUGAGUGCAAUAAUGAUGGCAGGUGGUUUUUCAGAAGCCGACACAUUACAACAUGCAAUUAAAAGGCAAUUCCAAUCGUUGGAGGUUUUUAUACCUCUAGAUGGAUCUCUGGCAGUUCUAAAAGGAGCUGUAAUAUACGGCCAUAAUCCCAGUAUAGUAUCAUCAAGAGUAUGCAAUUAUACCUAUGGCAUUGCUUGUUCCAAAAUAUUCGACCCAAGUACUCAUGAUCCGGAUAAAAAAUGGUUUCUCGACGGAAGAGAAUUGUGCAAACAUCUGUUUGAAGUUCUUUUUGAAAUUGACGAAGAAGUACAUAUUGGACAAACUAGAAAGACUGAAUUUACUGACACUUUUUUGUCAGAUCAUAUGCAAAUCCGUAGAUAUGAACCACUUAAAUGCCAAUUCAUGGUUAGUACUAAAAAAGAUCCUUUCUACACUACAGAUGAAAGUUGCAUGAAACAUGGAUCCAUGAUUCUAUCUCCACCAAAUGGAAUGUGGCCACAAAUAACCAAAGGCCACGUAUUACUCAAAAUUGCUGGAACAGAGCUGGUGGGAACGUAUGAAAAUGAAGAUUCACAAGAACAAACGUCCGUUAGAUUUGAAUUUUUACCGUCAACAAGUAAAAGUCCAGAGAGAAAAAGGUUAUUUGAUCCAUUCUAUCUAGACAUUUAA